AUGGUUAUGGUGCUGACAUUUCUUGCUGUAUCAAUAAUCACAUUUGAAUCAGCCAAUUCAGACCCCCAAACGAUUGUGCUAGACAAGGGGUGCAAUCAGUACACUCCGAAUAAUGUCACGGAAUUCUACAGCAAACUUAAUGCCAGUUUUGCUGAUCUUAGGAACCAAAUAUCAAAAGAUAAUCAGCAGUUUGACACAGCACAAAGAGUGUGGACGUCAGACACGGUUUAUGCCAUGGUUCAAUGUAGGAAUUACCUUUCUACUGCAGAUUGUGUUUCUUGUUUAAACACUGCUGUUCCCCAAAUCCGAGAAUGCUAUUCUUUUGAAGGAGCCCAUGUUACCUAUGAUGGUUGCUUCCUCAGGAGGGAGGCUUCAUCAUUCUAUGACCAGACUGUACUUCUUCCAGGAAACAAUCAGAAAGCUCAAACAGAAGGAAAGCAAUUGUUCUUGGAGUUGGAGCUCUUGUUGGCGUUGGCCUUCUCCUACUUAUACUUGCUUUAUUGUUAUGUUGCUGCUGCUGCUGCGGCUUCGUCGGCGUCUACUUCCUGCUGUUGCCGCCGUUCUUCUUUCAGUCCGCCGGCGGCUGCUGCUGCUGCUGCUCCGUCGGUUGCAUCACCGCUGCUUCCUGAUCUUCCUUUUUUCAGUUCGGUUCUAACCAGCCGGUGCCGUUGUUGUCGUGCAGUUGGUUUCCUUGCCGUUGUUUUUUUUGCCGGACGUCGCUGCUGCUUCUUUGCCGGAUGUGGUUUCUUUGCCGUUGCUUUGGCCGUUGCUGCCGGUUGCUCGUCGGCAUCAGUCCAUCUUAUUGCUUCUACCAUCCAUCAGUCCCUGCCGCCGCCACCUGCUGCUCUUUUAGCGAUCCGAACCUAUCAAGAUCUCCUUGGACAAUUAGUUUCGUAUGAGGUGCUUCUUCACGCCCAACAGCCGGUUCUUCAGCCUACGGCCAUGCUUGUGCAGUCGGCACCUUCUCCUACGUCGCCUCAAUCCUCUCGUGCCGGUUGCUUGCAACCCAGCGGCCGGCGCAAUCAGUUUUCUGGUCGUGGUGGUGGUCCGCGUGGGUACACCCCUCCCGCGCAGGGUGAACGUGUCAGCUUUGCGGCAUCUUGA